AUGGAACUGGGUGUUGCAACUUAUCUACGAUUUGUCGCAUCCGGGGCCGUAUGCUGCUCCGGAGUGCAUCUAGCCUUGACACCCAUUGAUGUUGUCAAAACAAAGGUACAAACAGAUCCCGACAACUAUCCCGGUAUUGUUCGGGGCUUUAAAAAGCAGCUCGAAAUUGGUGGAGUCUCCGGUUUCUUUACAGGAUGGGCACCUACCUUUCUAGGAUUCUUUGUUUGGGGAGGUCUUUCGUAUGCAUUGACCGAAUUCCUUCGACGAUACUUUACCACUCUUCUGGGGAAUAGCGCUGCUGGAUUGGAAAUACCAAUCAUUCUUUCGGCGUCCGCGUUUGCGGCCUUUGUUGGGUCUUUCGUUCUUUGUCCAUUCGAGUCGGUGCGUAUUCGUACAGUCGCACAGCCCGAUUACGGCUCGAAUGUUGUGGAUGUUGUCAAACGGAUUGUACGAGAAGAAGGACUGUUUUCCCUUUUCAAGGCCGUGCCUCUCUUUUGCGCCAAAGAGAUUCCCUUUGCUAUGGGGAAGUUUACUGUCUUCGAUCUGUCGACAAAGUACCUUUACGAGCAGUUUCCUACCGCCCGAGAAGAUAUUCAGUUGUCGCUGUUGAUCAGUUUGGCCGGUGGGACAAUUGGUGGACUUGUCGCCGCCGUUGUCAGCAAUCCUGGUGACGCCACCAUUAGUGAAUUGAAAAAGGCCAAAUCGGACAUGGGUCCGUUGGAGGCUGGCCAAUUGUUGGUAGAACGGGGUGGCCCCGCCGCUCUCUUUACCGGCUUGCCACUUCGCAUGGUUUUUUAUCCUCUUGUCGUCAGUUUACAAUUUUUGAUUUACGACAGCGUUCGGCUGGCCCUUGGGGUU